AUGCCUCCACGUCGCAGCACGCCGCGCAAGGGCCGCGCCGAGAGCGCGGAGAGCGCCUCCAGCACGCCUGCCAAAGCCGCCGCAUCGCCUUCGAGCACGACGGGUACGCCGCGCCGCACUGCACGCGGCCGCCGUUCCACCGCAAAGGCCGCCGAGACGAGCGCCGAGAAGACUGACGCGCCGACGCCGUCGCGCGGCCGUGCGCGCGGCGCCGCCAAAUCGGCUAGCCCCGCGGAGCGUGUGCAUACGCUCCCGACGCGCACCAACCCCCGUCUGUCUGAGGUCAAGUCCCGCCAGGUCAAGCUCCAGGUAAUUCGCCGCGAGGACAAGGAGAUCAUCAUCGGCCGCAUCAAGCUGCCCACCGUCAACGGCGCCGAGCACGGAUUUUUGCUCAAGCGCUUUGACACGAACGCAAUUGCAGGCUCGUCCAUGUUCCGCCUCGCCUUCCCGUUCGCUGACUCGGAGGAGGAGAGCGCAGAGAUGGCCUACCUCGAGUCGCGCUUCGACACCGACCUCGCGAACGGCGGCACACUCGCCCCGUCGACGCCGCGCCGUGGCCGCCGCGCCGCGAACGCGGACGAGGACAAGGGCAACCUGCCGCCGGGCUCGACCGGCGUGCGCCUGCAAGGCGUGUGGAUUCCGUGCGAGCACGCGACGCCGAUCGCCGACGAUUACGGCCUGCUCGAGCUCGCACAGCCUCUGCUGGAGGCUACUGCGGUGCUCCUGCCCAACGACGACGUCCCGCUACUGAACCCCGAGCCGGAGACGCUCGCGCUCGCCGCCGAGGCGAGCCAGGUGCCGCUCUCCACGCCGCAGCGCCAGGCGAAGCGCGCGCGCACUGCCGCCGCCGCGAGCCGCCAGGCGGUGGACGAGGCGACGAGCUCGACGCCGAUGCAGGCUGCCAGGCAGCUCCUGCCCGACUCGCCCGCGUCGCCGUCCAAGACGCGCCGCAGCACGCCCCGCCGCCAGACGCGCGCCGCCGCUGCCGCUGCCGAGGCGGACGCUGGUGCGCCGCUCACCCCCGCGCAGAUCGACGAGCAGAUCCGUGCUGCCAAGGAUCUCGCCGCCGACAUUGCCGCCGAGUCGUCUGCAGCGCCGUCCUCGUCGCGCCCCAAACGCCGCGCCGAGGAGGAGGCGGACGGCGCGGUGAGCGUCGUGCCCCAGGCCCAGACUGCCGUGCGCGCCCUGCGCCGCAGGCAGCAGCCGAUCAUGCGCGCGGCGGGCGCGCUCGGUGCCGCGGGCGCGGUCGGUAUCGGGGCCGCUGCCUGGUACGCGGGCACGCUCAACCUUGCCACGGCUGUGCCUGCCGCGCUGAACCAGCUUCAACGCACGGACUACAGCGCCGCACUGCACCACCUGCAGAACGUGGACUACUCGCAGGCGCUGCACACCAUCCAGCAGAACAUCCAGAGCUGGGGCACCGCCUGGUUCGCAUAG